AUGGCGCCGUGGGGAGUACUCACGCUUAUAUGUGUUGCAUUCAUCUUUGUCGAAGCCAGGCGAUUUCACCAAAAACGCGAUACUAAAUCUCACCUCUGCGAUCCAGUAUACAAUAAUACAAACAAAAUACAAUGCUAUUGUGUCAGAGGUGCACUAAAUAACGAAAUUCGAAGUGCAGAUUGCUCUCUCGCAGUUGACGGUGUAGCACCGGACGAUCCUAACUGGAAAGUGUUUGAGGAGUUAAAAGACAUUGGAAAGCUAGAUUUUACUAAUUCAAGAGGCAUUAAUUUAAAAUACAUUCCGCACCACGCUCUUGAACAUACUAAAGCCGUGUUGAAAUUAACCGUUAAAUACGGAAAUAUCGAUGUUAUUGAACCAUUCGCGUUCGCCAACUUAACUCUCGUCCGAGAAAUAACUCUUGCUGACAAUCAGAUUAAAACUUUAAAAGCUAAUGCGUUUUGCCACCACCGAGAUUUAGUUACCAUUGGCUUAGACACGAACGCUAUUGUAGAAAUAAAUAGAGACGUAUUUAUCGAUUUGCCGUCGCUAGAAAAGAUUUAUCUUACAAAUAAUAAGAUAACAACGAUUCACGAUAGAGCAUUUGUGCACUUGGUGAAUUUGAGAGAGUUAGAAAUUGAUCGGAACAACCUGUUCAGUUUGAAUAGCGAAACGUUUUCGGGAUUGAAAAAGUUAGAAAAGCUUGAUUUAAGCGGCAACAGUUUAGAGGUUAUCGGUGACAAUACCUUUUUGCCCCUUCAAAAUUUGCGUAUACUGAAUUUGGAAGGGAAUAAAAUUCAAAUGCUAGAUGAGAAAGCUUUUAAAGGUUUAUCGAAGUUGAAGUCUUUGUCUUUAUCUCAUAAUGUGAUAAAAGAUAUUGAUAACGUGAAGAUAUUUGAGGGAUUAAAGUCUCUUGUGAUACUCAAUUUGAAAGGCAAUCAGCUGAAAACUCUGAAGCCAGAGGUGAUGGAUCCUAUAGUGAAAAAUUUUUACACUAAUGCAAGCAAUUUGGAUAUUGAAGAUAACAACUUUCCAUGUGACUGCCGUCUCGACUGGUUCCUGACUCUCAUAAACAAAACAGACACGCCUUCACAGCUGAAGCUAACUAUAGAUAACCUAAAGUGCAUUCCAAGUCCUGAACUCAAGGAAAAAUGGACGAAAGCGACAGAAGUCGAUAAAGUCGAAGAAACACAAGACAUCGAAGCAGCAGCCGACUACGAAUACUAUGACGAUACACAAUUAAAUGGCAAAUUAUUUUACACCGACUUAAGAUUCUUAUUGAAUUGCUCUGACAAAUUCGAUGAAACUUCACCAAAUAUAGCCAGUCCAAAACCAAAAAGUACAAUGGAAAAAACUGGAACUACCCAUAAAGCUGUCAACUCAGAUUUGAUUGGAAGUACAACAGAGUUUAAUAAAGUUCAAGAAAUAACGGAAGCUAAGAAGAUAUUCACAACCACAAAGUUAGUUACGGUUUCGGAAAAUCCCAUUGGAAAUUUGAAUGUCGAAGAAAUGGCCUCUGAUGAAGGCAAGCCUGAUACAAUAAAAGCGCACAGAAGCGUGCAAGAAAUGAGAGAUGUGAGUGCAAGCGGUGCGUUUAGAAAUGUAGCCUCUAUUAUUAUGCUUAUAAUAACAUUUAUUAUGUAUUUG